CUAAGUGUUAGAACAUCAAGAUGUCUUCAAUUCUGCAGGUGGUUCUGCAGUUGCUGCUGAUUAUUUCUACGGUGUACGGAUUAAGUAUUGUUCGUGAUCAAGAAGAAGGAGUGCUGAAUCUAAGUGACGUUGAUCAAACGCUAGCAGAGGAAGAUAUCGUUGGUGUCGUUGGAAAUAGCAUCAAGAAAGAACAGCGUUCAACGUUUGCAGAGCGGAAGCAACAACGUCAAAGCAAACAUCUCGAUCUAAAUGAACUUUCCCGUAAACGACGAGCGACAGAUGAAUCCAGCAAGGCCUCUUCCAAGGGCAAGGAAUGUCGUACACGAACCGGUGAAAAAGGAUACUGUACGCGCUAUCAAAACUGCAAGGGUCCCGAACUGAAGGACAACGUAUGGUCCAUUCUACAGCAUCUCUGCAUAAUGGAAAACAUAUCUGUUGGUAUCUGUUGCCCGGAUGUGGUGCUGGAUGGUAAUGGUCCCGAGUUCUCUGUCCGAUUACCAGCAUUGGCCGAUUCAUAUGAUGACGUUGAUGGGCUGGAUGAUGGACCCAUGGGACGGGACGCCAUCGUACGGCCCGAAGAGCGGGGCUGUGGACUGUCUACAAAACAGCUUUCAAAGAUAGCCGGUGGACGUCCAGCGGAAUCUAACGAAUGGCCCUGGAUGGUGGCACUCGUCAUGUCACGAGCUUCGUUCUGCGGUGGGGUGCUCAUCACCGAUCGUCACGUCCUUACGGCAGCACACUGUGUGAUGAACCUGAAGCUGAACCAGUUCGUCGUACGGCUCGGCGAGUACGACUUCAAGCAGUUCAACGAAACGCGCUACCGUGAUUUCCGUGUGGCAGAGAUCCGUGCUCACGCCGACUUUGACCAGAUCAGCUACGAGAAUGAUAUAGCGAUGUUGAAGCUAAUACAACCAUCGUUCUUUAAUUCGUACAUCUGGCCGAUUUGUAUGCCACCGCUCGAUGAUAGCUGGAAUGGGUACCAGGCGGUAGUAACCGGAUGGGGUACACAGUUCUUCGGUGGUCCGCAUUCACCCAUCCUGAUGGAGGUGAAGAUCCCGAUUUGGUCCAACCAGGAUUGUCAGGAGGUGUACGUGAACCGCAUCUACAAUACGACUCUGUGUGCGGGCGAAUACGAAGGAGGUAAAGACUCGUGUCAGGGCGAUAGUGGUGGACCAUUGAUGAUACAACUGCCCAAUCGACGGUGGGCCGUCGUCGGUAUCGUGUCCUGGGGUAUACGGUGCGGUGAAGCUAACCAUCCCGGUAUCUACACGCGUGUCAGUUCGUACGUGCGAUGGAUCAUCGAAAAUGCUGUAUUCUAAAGUUGAAGUGGAAGAGCCUAAAUGCUGAUUGCUGAU